AUGGCGCUUCAGAAGAAAGACUAUAUGAGUAACAUCUGGAAGGAUGGCAUCUUUGAGAACAAAGUGGUCUUCUGCACCGGUGGUGCCGGCACUAUCUGCAGCGCUCAAGUCAAGGCCCUCGUUCACCUAGGUGCCAACGCGUGCAUCAUCGGUCGCAAUGUCGAAAAGACCGAGCGCGCCGCCAAGGAGAUGGCGACUCUCCGCCCCGGUGCCAAAGUAAUUGGUAUCGGUGCAGUGGACGUCCGCAAGUUCGACAGUUUGAAAGAUGCCGUCGAGCGCUGUGUGAAGGAGCUCGGUGGUAUUGAUUUCGUCAUUGCCGGUGCCGCAGGCAACUUUUUGGCUUCCAUUGAGCAACUUUCAGUCAAUGCUUUCAAGUCUGUCAUGGACAUCGAUGUCUUGGGCUCGUAUAAUACACUCAAGGCUGUUCUACCUCAUCUGAUUGAGUCGGGUAAGAAGCACAGAGUCGACUCCGAACUGAACCCGUCACCUCUGGGUACCGGUGGCAGAAUCAUCUUCGUCAGCGCUACAAUCCACUACCGUGGUAUGCCUUUCCAGGCCCAUGUCUCUGUCGCGAAGGCGGGCAUCGACUCUCUAUCAAAUGCCGUGGCCAUCGAGUAUGGUCCUCGGGGCUUGACAUCUAACAUUCUAGCCCCCGGUCCCAUCGCCUCCACUGAGGGCUUGGAGCGUCUUCUUCCAUCGGACGCCAAGGCGGAAUAUACAAGAUCCCAGCCCCUUGGCCGCUUCGGUCAUGUACGAGACAUUGCGGAUGCGACCGUGUACCUCUUCUCUGACGCUGGGAGCUACGUUAGUGGACAGACACUAGUUGUGGACGGCGCGAAUUGGCGUGUUUCGGGAGGCCACGCCUCUCAGGGUAACCUCCAAUACCCGGAUUUCCUGUUGUCUGGAGAAGCGGUCCAGAAUGUCACAGGUAAGAAGAAGUCAAAGCUUUGA